GUAGUGCCAGAAUAGAACUAAAUUAGAGGACACCCAGCUGGUGUCUGCUGCAGAACUGAUUGUUUGCUUGUUGGUGAGAAAUCCCCACACAUGUGGUCACAGAAGUCUUCUGUGUUGCUGAUUGCUGUGGUGUGACAGCAGAGGAAAAUCAGUCUGGGUAUUUUCCUAACUCAGUUUACCUCUCUUGUGCUAUCUGGGAAUCUUCAAAAUGAUGAUACUGAGCAAGUUCCUAUCAUGAGGGGGUUGGAAAAUCCAUAACUAUUGGCUCAGAUCCUACUGAGGAGAUGCUGGAGACAGGAGAGAACUAUGUUGUUUUGUGUCAGGUUUCAUUGAUUUUUCUCCAUUCUUUAUUCAUUUUAAAUUUCAUUGUUUUAUGCUCUGCUUUUUAGUAUCUCCCCCUAUUUAUUUUAGAUUUGAUUCACUCUUUCAGCUUCUCAAGGCGAAAGUUUAAAUUUUAAACAUUUAUUUUCCAGUAUAAAUACUUAAAGCUAUAAAUUUUUCUCUAAGUACUGCUUUAGCUGCCUCCUUCAAUUUCCAAUACUUUUUUUAUUGUUAUUCAGCUCAAAUUCUUUCAAAUUUUCCUUAUGAUUUCUCUUUUGACUCACAAGGUAUUUAGAUGUAUAUUGCUUAUUCAUAAGCGUUUGGGAAUAUUCCAGAUAUCUUUUUGUUAUUGAUCUAUCUGUAAAUUCACUGAUCCCUUCUUCUGCUGUCCAAUCUGCUGUUCAGCCAUCCAGUGAAUUCUUCAUUGGACAUGUUGUAGUUUUCAGUUCUGGAAUUUCCAUUUGGUGAUUUUUAUUUUUCCCAUUCUUCUGUUGAGAUCCAUUAACUCACGAUGAUCAUCUUUUUCCUUUCAGUUCUUGAAUAUAUUUAUAUCACUGUUUAAAGAUUUUUCGGCUGGUGCCAACUUCUUGGGUCAUCUCAGGUUCUGCUUCUACUGACUGCUUUUUCUUCUGGCUAUGAGUCAUAUUUUCCUCUGGGUUUUUUUUCUUUCACAUGCCUUAUAAUUUUGCAUUGUAUAUUAGACAUUGUAGAUAGUGAACUUUAGAGACUGGAUUAUCUUCCAUUGAGGAGUGUUGAUUUUUGUUCUAAUAAGCAGUUAACUUACUAGUUGAUCACCUUGAACCUGCUGAGGCUUGGUUUUAUCUUUUGCUAGUGUGAGUUAGCUUUGGCUUUGCCCUUACUCUCAGAACAAAUAUUUAGUCCUGGAAUAUAGAUUUUAGCUCUAUGGUGUGCCUUUUGGGAGUUUUAAGUGGAAAGCCCUAAGUGUUUACCCAGACCCUCUGACUUGGGAUUCAAAUUCAAACUCUACAGUCAAAAUCUGUGUAGCUCUUUCAGACCUCCAGUGGUUGUCUUUUACUGGGCUCUUGGAAAUUCCUCCAUCCAGUUUAGCAGUCAGCCUGUGAUUUGAGGGGAAUUUAUAUGCAGAUUUAAAGACUUCGCCUUCUGUGGCUUCCUUCAUUCCAGGAAAUCUACCUUCAGGUGUUCUGGAGCCCCAAACUGUCUUCUGUCCUCUGACUCUUCAAGUCAAAAAAGGCUGGGGCUUUCUGCUCAAGUUCUAGCUAUCCUGUGCCAUUUUUACUCAGGAGUACACUUAGGGAAAACAAAAACAAAAACAAAAAAACCCCAAAACCAAUGUAGACGUUUCUUUUCAUUGAAGAGUUGAGUUCCUUUCAGUUUCUGCCUGCUUUGGAUACUUUAGGUGUUUUCAAAAAGUUGUUUUCAUAUUGUGUCCAGUUUACGAUGCCUAAGGGUGCAUUCAUCUAAUAAACCUUUCUGCCAUUACUGGACCAUCCUUUUACUUUUUAACUUAUUUAUACCUAAAGCGUGUCACAUUUAACUCAUCUAUAUAUUUAUGAUCUGCUGAGGUGGAAAAGAUUCAUUCAUAAAGCCUAAAGUGUAGUACCGAGUACAAGUGCAGGUGGAACUUGUCACUGGGGUGGGCUGCACAGAAGAGGUCUUUGUGAGGUAGGCUGUGAGGGCUAGGUAAGACUUCAGUGAACAGACAGGAGGAAGACUGUGGUGACUUGUUGAGCUGAGGGUAGGGGUGGGCAUGAACAUGGCAUGAGGACAGUGAACAGACCCGCCUCCCUGUCUGGAGGUCUGAGUAGGAAAGGCACACUCUUUGAGUAGAUUCAACACAAAGAAAUGGAGGCAGCCUGGCUCAGGGAUGCCCUAGACCUCUAGGCAUUGUCAAGUUGCCUAAGUCCUGUUCCAUCAAGGCUGUUUACUGAUGUGCUUCUAGGGCACUCCCCACUCCCAGCCCUUUCCUCCAGCCCGAGGCUGGUUCCCAGCCUCUCAGGGGAAUUAAAAUGGGCACCUUCCACAAAGGGGCAGAUGAGGUGAGGAAAACUUAACCGAUACAGUUGUGCCAGAAGCCAAAACAAAAGGCGUGCCCUUUCUAUAGCCCCAUUAAAAGAGCAGCAAAAAGGUGGAAGCAUCUUCAGUGAAUAUGGGUCAGCACCUCCCAGAUCUCAGGGAGUUCACUUCUAUUCAUUCCAGCACCCAGCAUUGCAUAUCCAGAUUACUUGAGCCCAAUCUUUUAUCCUCUGAAGAACACAAUCAGCUUUGGGGCCACAAAAGGUUUAGGUAGUGGUUUAGCGAUUUCUAAUCCCAAACUUUGUCCUUGGGAGGUUUAGGAUUAGUAUUGAUCAUUCACAGAGCCCAACUGUUUUCAGAGGAGGGGUUUUCUGGGGUGGGAGGAUCACCUAUAAGAGGACUCAGAGGGGGGUGUGGGGCAUCCAUGAGAAAGAUGUCAGAGGAAGAGGAGUUUUUUCUGUUCAAAAAUAUCUCUUCAGUGAAGCCAUGGGAUGGGCCUCAGUACCACAUUGCCCCUGUCUGGGCCUUCUACCUCCAGGCAGCUUUCAUGGGCACUGUCUUCCUUGCAGGGUUUCCACUCAAUGCCAUGGUGCUGGUGGCCACAGUGCGCUACAAAAAGUUGCGGCAGCCCCUCAAUUACAUUCUGGUCAACGUGUCCUUUGGAGGCUUCCUCCUCUGCAUCUUCUCUGUCUUCCCUGUCUUUGUCAACAGCUGUAAAGGAUACUUCGUCUUUGGUCGCCAUGUUUGUGCUUUCGAGGCCUUCCUGGGCACUGUAGCAGGUCUGGUGACAGGCUGGUCACUGGCCUUCCUGGCCUUUGAGCGCUACAUUGUCAUCUGUAAGCCCUUCGGCAACUUCCGCUUCAGCUCCAAGCAUGCACUGACGGUGGUCCUGGCUACCUGGACCAUUGGUAUUGGCGUCUCCAUCCCACCCUUCUUUGGCUGGAGCCGGUUCAUCCCUGAGGGCUUGCAGUGCUCCUGUGGCCCUGACUGGUACACCGUGGGCACCAAAUACCGCAGCGAGUCCUAUACGUGGUUCCUCUUCAUCUUCUGCUUCAUUGUGCCUCUCUCCCUCAUCUGCUUCUCCUACACUCAGCUGCUGAGGGCCCUGAAAGCUGUUGCAGCUCAGCAGCAGGAGUCAGCUACGACCCAGAAGGCUGAACGGGAGGUGAGCCGCAUGGUGGUUGUGAUGGUAGGAUCCUUCUGUGUCUGCUACGUGCCCUAUGCAGCCUUCGCCAUGUACAUGGUCAACAACCGUAACCAUGGGCUGGACUUACGGCUUGUCACCAUUCCUGCAUUCUUCUCCAAGAGUGCUUGCAUCUACAAUCCCAUCAUCUACUGCUUCAUGAAUAAGCAGUUCCAAGCUCACAUCAUGAAGAUGGUGUGUGGGAAGGCCAUGACAGACGAAUCCGACAUAAGCAGCUCCCAGAAAACAGAAGUUUCUACUGUCUCGUCUAGCCAAGUUGGCCCCAACUGAGGACCCAAUAUUGGCCUGUUUGCAACAACUAGAAUUAAAUUUUAAGUAAGUUUCUAUUGUCUCUGUCAGAAACCAAACUACUAAAAACACAAAAAAGAUGGUAAGAGGAGUGAUGGCAGUUUGGGGAGUCAAUUUUUCAUUUUCUUACUAUUGCCUUCUUGCCUACAAAGCUACUGUUUCCACUGGGUCUAUUUCAGACCACACAAAGGCCAUUUCAACAAUCAUCAGUUUCUACUCCUAAGUGGCACCAUUCACAGCACUUGGAGAACUGAUUUUUACAUACAAGGCAACUAAAAAGGAAUAUGGCUUUAAGUUUUCAGUGUAUGGAUACUUUCCUUUUUAGUAACUUUUUUUUUUUUUUCCUGCUGGGGAUCCAUUCUGAGAUGAUAUAUACUGAAUUAGAACAAACUUAAGAAAACACCUUAGAAAUGGGAAAGACAUAAAGAAAAAAACCCCCCCAAAACAAAAAACCUUAGUGGUCCCAAAUAUGUUUGAAAGAACUUCUGGAUAACUGCUACAGCUUUGGCAGGAACAGCCGUGUCCACAAGCCCCUGAGUAAGCACAAAUUAUUCCAGGUGCUUCCUCCCCAUUGCAUUUGGCUAAACCUUUGUAUUUGUCUUAAACUGUGUGUUUACUAAAGUUAAUAGUUUAAUUCUCUUGAGGUUCUCAAAAUGAAUUUGCAUGUCUUAGUACCAUUUGUAAACAAUACCAUAAUGUUAAAUAAAAUUGUUUUACCUUAUGCUCUAUACUCUCCCUCCAGGCCCCCCAAAAAGAGCCUUUUUGAAAUAAAAAUCAAGAUAAACGUGUGUGUACAUUCAGAAUCGCUUGUGUUUGGUAUCAGAUAAUUAUAAAACAAGCAGCAGUUAUACAGCCUAAUGGAAGUAAAGAAAGGUCAUGGCUCUGGUGAGAAGGAUGCUAGAAAAUACCAGAAAACAGGGAGAAAAGAAUAACCAUUUAGGAGAAGGCAGUGCUGUCUCUGAGUUUGGGAGAACUUCAAGGAGAGUUCCCUUUCUGACAUUUUACAGCAUCCAUACUCCUAAGCUAGAGUUUUAUUUCUUAGAAAAUGAAGGUCAUACAUACCCCAUAAUGAAUGUAAACAGUUUUAUUUAGAAACAGAUAGGUACCUGUUCGCAUUGCAGAAUAUAAAACUUGGUUUACACUCUAUAAAAAAUAACCAAUAUCCAAAUUCAAGAGAGCUAGCAUUCACAGAACACACAAUAUGGGUGUGUAGCUACUGUUCACCAGCCUCAGGCUUGAUUUAAACCAAAAAAAAAAUCCAAAGGGAUCAUUCAAGAUUACCGUACAAUGCCUCCUGCUGUCUUAGCAGAUUAAGGUUUGCUUUUCAAGUGCGUGAUUUUAACAUAAAGUCUGGGCUCUCUGCACCUAGUGAGGUGUGAGGCUCUCUUGCCACACAGUUCACACUCACUUAACUAAGCCAGAGUUGGUAGAUUAUUAAAUUAUCACUGGUCUUCUUAACAGUAAAAAUGGGGAAUCCAGAGGGCAGGAAAUUUCCAUUACCCUAUAUUGGGGCUAAACUGAAAAGAGUAUAUCCAUUAUCAAGAGCUCAGUACAAAGGCUGGGGUGAAGUUGCAUGAUACCUGGCUUUUUAACCAUACCAGGGAGCCCACCUCAACAUGACUGUGGAAGACCAAAGGAUAUACCUAGGUUCAGAUUAUAAUAAAUCACCCAGCACCACCUGAAUGUAUUAUCCACAAAGAUAUAGCAAUAAUAAAGGUUAUAUAUACAUAUAUUUAUCUUGGUAACCUGAGGGCUAAAAACGUGGAAUACGAUUCUUCUCAAGAGGUCCAUCUGUAAGAAAGGGACCCAAAAGGACAGUGUUUGUGUUGCAUAAAAUAUGGGUGAAGUAGAGUCGGGAACAGAGGGUGGUUUCUUUAGCUCUUUCCGCAUCUCUCUCUCUGAUAAGGACUGAAAACCUGUUGAUUCAUGAUAAACUUUUCCUUUUUUUUUUUUUUUUUUUUGGCAGCGGGGAGAGGGACAGAGGAAGAAAUGGGGUAUGAUGGGUCAAAGGCAGGAAGGGUGAGCCAUGGUCCUCAAACCAAAGAGCCCUCUCUGUAGGUCCUCUCAUCUUUGAGUGUGAGCUCAAGCUCUCCAGCGGACACAGGAAGAGGCCUGGUAGUAAGUGGUUUGCAUUGUGAGGUAUGAGGAUCCCUGGUAAAUUCAGCAGCAUGUGGUUUUUGGAAAUCAGCCCACAAGAUAAGAACACUGCAACCAAAUUCAUAACUAAUACUGCUAAUUUAACUAUUGUCCAAAA